UUCACAGUAAUUUGCCAUCAUCAUCAUGAUUUCCCCCAUCUUCCUCUUCGUGUUUUUUUUCAUUCUUUCAUAUUCCUAUGCUUCACAUGUCCAAGACUUCUGUGUUGCAGACUACUCAGCUCCCCAAGGCCCCGUAGGCUACACAUGCAAAGACCCUUCAAAGGUUACCGUAGAUGAUUUCGUCCUCUCGGGCCUUGGGGUGCCUGCUAACACUUCAAACAUGUACAAGUUUGGAUUCACAGCUGCAUUUGCUUUUGACUUCUCUGGCCUCAAUGGCCUCGGAGUUUCCAUGGGUCGCGCAGACAUAGAAGUUGGCGGCAUUGUCCCCAUCCACUCUCACCCCGGAGCUACCGAGCUAGUGGUUAUUGGUGAAGGAAGUUCGAUAAUUGGUGGGUUCAUUGCCUCAAACAACAAGGUUUAUCAAAAGCCCCUGAACAAGGGUGACACAAUGGUUCUUCCUCAAGGCUUGUAUCACUUCUUUGUGAAUCAGGGUAAAAUUCCGGCAGUCAUAUAUGCUGCUUUCAGUAGUGAAAGUCCAACCGUGCAGCUUUUGGACACAUCACUGUUUAAAAAUGAUUUAGCCACUGAUAUCCUAGCAAAGACUACUUUACUUGAUGUUGCUCAGAUUGAGAAACUCAAAAAACUCUUUGGUGGUACUAAUUAAUAUAUUUGAUGUACCACAUGUUGUGAAUUAAUAAUGAUUCAAUACUGUCUUUUAA